AUGACAUCGCUAUUAUAAUUGAUUUAAAGUGAAUACCACAUGUAAAAUAGAAGAAGCAUUAUCCUUGGUGAAUUUUAUGUAUUUUUUCUUCCUAUUAAUUAUUGACAUUACACAAGCAGAAUAUUGUUAAUUUCAUUUAAAAUUGUUGAAAAAAAUAAACAUUAUAACUCGUUUUGUGCUCCGAUAUUUAAAAUAAGAAGAAAGUGAACAAUAUUACGCGAUUUUAAUAGCAUUCAGCACUUUAUAUUAAUUGUGUUUAAUAGAGCUUUUCCGGGGUUUGAUUUUGUCUGACAUAUUCACUCUUAUGGCGGAAAACGGAAUGCGUGUGGGAAUGGACCAGUCGAAUGAUGGCGGCGGUGGUAGUGGUGGUGGGGGAGGAGCAACCGUUAGCAAUGGUCAUCACCAUGAUCUUGAACAUGGCACUGAGAAAUCUUCAACAACACGACUAAGUGAGGCGUCCCAGAAGUAUAUGCAAGAGCUGUUAGUGGAACGUGCAAAGUUGGAAAAUAAUUUCCCUUUAGCUGUAAAGCUAAUAGAUGAAGCUUUAGAACGUGUGCAGCUGAAUGGUCGUAUUCCUGCAAGGGAGCAGUAUGCAGACGUUUAUCAGCAAAGGACUAUAAAACUUUCGCAAAAAGUUCAUGUGCCUAUAAAGGAUAAAAAGUUCAACUAUGUUGGCAAGCUUUUAGGUCCAAAAGGCAACUCGUUACGUCGCCUGCAAGAAGAGACGCAAUGUAAAAUUGUUAUUUUGGGUCGCUUUUCAAUGAAGGACCGUGCUCGUGAGGAGGAAUUGCGCAACUCGGCUGAUAUAAAAUAUGCCCACCUAAAUCUGCCACUUCAUGUCGAAGUUUCCACCAUAGCACCACCGGCAGAGGCUUAUGCCCGUAUAGCUUAUGCUCUGGCUGAAUUAAGACGUUACUUGAUACCAGAUAAGCAUGAUGAUAUACGCCAGGAACAAUUUAGAGAAUUAAUGGAGGAUCCGGAAGCCGCCAAAAAGAUAACAAUGCGUCAACAACAACAGCAGCAGCACCAACAUCAACAAACUGGUGUUGGCCAAGGGGCAGGAAGUAUUGGGGUUGGUAACAACAACAUUAAUAGUGCAACUUCUGGUGGUGGCAGUAAUAAUAACAAUAAUCAUCGUUCCAAUAGUUCAUCGAAUUAUAGAAAUAAAUACCAACCACAAUCUCAACACUAUCAUCAUAAUGAUGAGACUGUAUACUAUCGAUCCCAUAACAAUUCGUACCACCAACCAAAACCUUACGUGCCAGGUAACCAACGUGCAAAUCCCAUGCACUCAGCAAUACCACCACAAGCUACUAUUGUAGGAGCUUCACCGACAGGAAUGCCAGUUGUUAGUGCAGCCAAUUACAGUGGGCGUGGUCCUGGUAUAAUACCGAACAGUCCUGCUGCCGCUGCAGUAGUUGGGAGUUUAAAUCCAAAUAUACGAUAUCGACCAUCCCAACUGCCGCCAUAUCAAUUUGCUAAGAAAUAAUUUUUGAAUUGCUGUAGAACAGCUCAAGAUUGUGUUUAUUCAGUUCUAUGUUGAUGUUUAAUUUAAUUUUAAUUUUUUUUUAUUUUUUAUGUUUAUAUUUCAUAUUAUACAUUUUGAAACAUUUUGUUUGUUACCAAUUUACAAUACGCAAAAAAUACUAAUACUAAAAGUGUGUUUUAUAUUUUUUCAAAUAUAUGCAUAAAAACACACCCAAAUACGAUGUCAUAAAGAUAAUACACACUAUAUUUACCACUAGAGUGCUUCAUACUUUUCAUGCGCUACAUGAACAACACAAUAUCAUGGAAGAACUUAUCUGGACAAAAUUCCCAAAUGAAUAUACUUUUAUAUGUAUGUUGGUUAUCUCGGAAGAACUCUUAUCAUUCAGUGUUGAUAAUAUGUAUUAUACAGUUUUAUAUUUAAUUAUUGUUUAGAAUAGAAAUGUUCUUUUAAUCCUUUUUAUGUUUUUCCUUUUUUUCAUUUUCAUAUAUUUUUUAUUUCAGUUAAACUACCAUUAUCUGUAAAUAUUAUCAAAAUUGGACGGUGAAUGUUUCAAGAUUUCCUAUAAGUAUAACAAUAUCAAAUACAUGACCAUGUGGAACUGAGUUCAAAUUGUCGUAGGGUGUUAAAAAUUAACGACUGACAUCUUCUUUCAUUACAUUAGGUACGUUGACUUGUCUCAUUAAUUUUAUUUUCUUUUUUUUCAUACAUUAAUGAAGAACUCUGAUAUACAUACAUAAAUACAUACAUACCAUCAAACAUCAACAUGCAUACACUGUGCACAUAUGUAGUAUACAUAUUGCAUACACAUAUACAUACAAAAGUAUAUAAAUACACAUACACACACAUACAUGAAUACUUUUCGAAACAACAUUUAAUGUAGUUUUUUAUUAUACAAACUUGUUUUUAUUUCAUUGAUUAAUUGAUCGAUUAAUGAUUAUACAAUUAUAAUACAUACAUGCAUAAAUAAUAUUACUAUUAUAACUAUUA